AUGUACUGCUGGGCUCUGGUAAUAAGGCUUGAUGUUUCGUGUUCGAAACCUUUGAAGUUACCUCGCUCCAGUCCGGGCGGAACUCCCGGGCCAUUUGGUCGAAUUCAACAUAUGCGAGAUUUUAUUAAUAUCACAGAAGAAAUUAAUCAACUGAAACAAACUAAUCAAUUAUUGAAGACAAAUAAGAGGGAAAUUAAUGAACCAAUGGAAAUGAUAAAAGUAAAAUUUUCAUCUAAAUUACUUCAAUCUAACCUAAACGAACAGUCACGCAGUAACACACGUUCAGUUGCUUCCUUCGAGCAACAACAGCAACAACAACAACAGGAACAACAACAACGGCAACAACAACAACAACAACAACGACAAAAUGACGCCAAUGUUGCAAAAGGAGAUGAAGCAGCGGAUUUAAUAAAAUUUGAACGAUUAUCUCUGGAUAAUAAGAAAAAUCCUAGCGUAAAUUUAUCUGUGAAACAGCGUGUGCAAAUGUCUGAAGUAGUAGUAACUCGUGCUAAUAACGAAUUCACCAUGCCUAUAAAGCACAUUCCAAGAUUUAUAAACAAACUGGACAAUUAUUCAUCGGAAUCUCUCAUCCAAAAAAAGAGACGUCGAAAAGGAACACCAAUGCCAAAAUAUCGAAAAACUUUUGCCAAGAUAUCUACUCCCGAAUAA